AUGUCUAGGUCCCAAAGAGUCGAGCCCAGAGAGGCCGCCGAGCACCACACGGGCGACUCAAAGGACGCCGCCCGCGGCAGCCACUCCGCCGCUAGGCCCGGAGCCGCCUCCCGGCCCAAGGGCGGCGACGGUGCGCAAAAGUCCCGAGCCGGCAGCGGCGGCGGCAGCGGCGGACAGAUGCCGCAGCAGCAGCAGCAGCAGCAAGCCGAGGACGUCGAGCAGCGGCACCCCCACAUCGGGGACUGCCGGGUCGACGACGACGACGACGCCCCUCGGCGUGACCAGCAGCAGCACUCCGGCCAGCCCCCCUCCUGCUGGCUGGGGAACACCGCGAUUGCUGACGGGUAUGAGGACUAUUCCGGUGUCUGGAGCGACCUCGACAGGUAUCUUACCGAGCUUGAGCUCGCCCAGAUGCGAGCAAGUUUCACUCGGCUUGGGGCUACCUUGACAGGCGCAAGGGGCAGGCUCGCGGCCAGGGCGGUUCCACGUCGCGCAGGUGCCAACCCUGCGUGCGAGGAAACAGCAUUCUUCUAA